AUGAACCGGAAAUCGUUUUGUUCAAAAUUUGGAUUGAAUGGGACAAGUGUCGCGAUUUCUAUGUGCAUUGUGUUGAUCGUUCAAUGCAAACAAAACCAUGAUAGUUGGAAUCUUCUGGAUUCUGUUCACUCAACAAUCAAUGUAAUAUCUGAAAAUCUUCCAGAAUAUGCCGAAAACUUGUACAAAACAGCACAGGAACAUGGUGAAAAGUUGAAGGACACUUUGAGUAGUUGUGCUGAAGAAGUUCAGAAGAGCUACAAAGGGUCCAAACUUCAGGGUAUUGUCGAUAACUUGCCAGAGCACACCGCAGAAAUUUAUAAAACUGCGAAGGAGAACAGUAUAAAGAUGAAGAAGGCCGUGGAAAAAUAUGCUGAUGAUGUUCACAAGAGCUACCAAGGAUCGGAGUUCCAGAAGGUGGCUAACACGCUACACGAAAAAGUUCAAGAACAUGGAGAAAUAUUUACGGACACGCUUGAGGAUUACGCAGACAAACUGAGCAAAAAUUACGAAGGAUCAAAAUUACAGAAGUUCGUUGAAAAACAUGUUCCGGAAUACGCAGAAAAACUGAUAGCGAAGACAGAAGAGCAUGGAGAAGUGUUGAAGGAGAAACUGAGUUACUAUUGCAGCGAAAUAAAAAAGAACUACGAAGGGUCUGAUCUACAAAAGGCAGUAAAUGAGAUGUAUGAAACAGUUCAAGUUCAUGCCACAGAAGUUCACAAAAACUACCAAGGCUCAAAUACACAGAAGCUUGCAAAUGAAUUGUACGCAACAGCUAAAUUUCAUGGGGAGCACCUAUCAGAGACAUUGAGUGAUUAUAUGGGAGAGCUGCAAGAAAAUCGCAUGAAUCCAUUCGAUUGUAUCCUGGGAAAACUGUCUUCUAACAAAGACAUCUCCUACAAAACUAUGCUGGCCGGAGGACUCAUCGGUGCGAUUCGAAAUUCUCUCCGCUACAAAAUCAGACAUGGAGGUCGCCGAUCAAACAUCGUUUCCGUCUUUGACAAUUCCAUCCGAAACGCUAAAGGAAACCCUAAACUUUUUGCACGAGUCGACAUGCCACAUGGCAAAGUGCCAUUUCCUCAUAUCAAUGUUAACAAGGCGUUCACUGGAGUCAAAGAUCCGCAUACCAGAAUAUCUGAAUUCACCGCAAAAGCAGCAGGAGUUACAGGAAGUGCACUGAAAUUUAUCAAUAGAGUGGCACCUGCUGUGAUGGUUCUGAGCACUGCGUAUGAUGCAUAUGAUAUUGUGAAUAGUGAAGAUGGAGGAGUUAUGACAAAGAAAGUGAUUAGUGGGACAUCGACAAGUGCAGGUGGAUAUAUAGGGUCAUCGAUUGGCGCCUCCAUCGGAACAAUGUUUUUCCCUGGUAUUGGAACUUUGACUGGAUCAAUUAUGGGUGGAGCCUACGGUGGGGAAUUCGGAGAUUGUUUCUCGGAUACUUUGGAAGAUGCUUACAACUAUGCAUCAGAUUUUUGGGAAAUAUAUCGACAAAAUACAUGCUAUCCGGAGUUCGAUACCAAAAAAGAUGAAUUUUUUGGACUGUGGACGAAUGAGCAACAGUGUAUUGUUGGAUUUUGA